AUGAAUUACAGGUCGAAACUCGCAGUAGCUGCCAUCGUCGUUCUAGGUAUGGUUUCGAGCCUUGCUUCCGGCAAAUUCCCAGACAUGACGAUCAUGAAGGGACCAGACUGCACGGGCAGGUCCGAGAGCAAGUUCUACAACCACAACGUGGCGCGCCUCGUAAAUACGUUGGUGGACCGGACGAGGCAUGGAUACAGAGACGAGAACAACGACUUCUCGUUCAGGCACAGCAUGCCGAAUCGCAACCCUGGAUCCCUGACAGGCGGCGCCGUUUGCUACGAAGACCUGGGGAAGUACGACUGCUGGAACUGUCUCCUGACGGCGAAGAACAAAAUCCGCGCGGGCUGCCACAAGCCCAUUUCGGCGGAACUCGUCCUCCAGGAUUGCUCCAUCUGGUUCAGGAUGAUCCCUUAA